AUGGCUUUGCUUUUCGAGGCUCUGGCGAAGGCGAUAACGCCGAAACCUCAAGAAAAUCAGUUAAAAACUACGUUUCAACAACUACGAUUCAAAGACAGUCGACCAUGGAUCACGUGUCGAAAUCAUGCUAUCCAGAGCUCUUUCCGUGGUCGAAUUUCGCAAGCAUAUAAGCAUAUCAUCGAAAAUUUUUUGCAUGUGAAUCUCGAAUAUCCCCGAGCGGCUGGAAAAUGGAAUUCAUCCUCCUAA